AUGGCCGACGUUCGCAGCUUCACUGUGCGGCCAGUGUCGAAACAGGCAAGAGCCGAUUACAAAGACGCAUUCCGCAUAUAUCUAUCUUCCUCGUCGCUGGCUUCCCUUAGACUUCGUGCCGAUGAUCUUUGCGACAUAUCUUUCGCAGAAGGGCCUCCUAAAACCGCGAUUGCUUGGACGGCGACCGAAAAUAUACAGAGUACAGUGGUGCAAACAUCCAAGGCUCUCCAAGAUUGCUACGGGAUCAAGGUCGGGGGAAAAAUAAACAUCACUAAAAUUGAUGGUGCAUUAGAGGAGCUUAAAUCGGUCGUUGUGAUUGAAUGUUCCGAACCUGAAAAGAUCGAGAGGUUUGGCCCAAUUCCUGCGGAAGAGCGAUGCCACUGGGAAUGGGCAUUGGAAUUCCCGCUUUUGAGAUGUGAGGUGAUUGCCAAGGGCUUAAUUUUCGAGCUUGAGCUCAGAGGUCAACGCCGAAGCUUCCAGGUUGUGAACAUGCACUCCGAAUCCCCAAGCUCUAGUCGUACGAUCUUUCGCUUCACAAAUGCCACCAAGAUCUCUAUUGGCACGGAAGUAGAGGCGCCUUCUGAGAUUCCCCAUGAAAUCUCAGUUGAUGCCGAUGGGUUGGGUGGUCUUUCACGACAGAUUGAUGACAUCAAUGAGAGCCUAUCGGACUUCAAUAUCGAUCUGCUCAAACCUACAAUGCCCUCUUUCUAUGAACAUAGCCGUGGUAUUCUUCUCUAUGGACCUAAAGGAACAGGAAAGACAUCUCUUCUCCAGCAAAUCGAGAAGGCUGGCUGGCGACAGGUUUUCAAAAUUGGAACUGCUACUCUUGGACGGAGCACAGGCGAAGCCGAGAAAAAACUACGCACUACCUUCCAGGAUGCCGCUCGCUCCAAGCCCAGUGUGAUCAUCAUUGAUCAGCUAGACUUUAUCGCUCCUAAGCGAACUUCCCUGGAAUCUUCGUCGCUCGCCUCGGUCCUAUGUGAGAACCUAGAUGCAAUGAGGAGCGCGUCGGUUUUGGUGAUAGCUGCCACUCGACACCCCAACAACGUCGAUGAUGCUCUCAGGACUCCCCAUCGAUUUGGUACAGAGAUCGAGAUCCAGGUCCCCACGGCACAUGACCGAGCUGAAAUCCUACGUGCCAUUCGUGGACCAGCAUCUGCAGGGCUCACCGAUGCUAUGGUUGACUUGCUUGCUGAGAAGACCCACGGAUACGUCGGAGCGGAUUUGUUUGCUCUACUCCAGCUCAUUUGCCGAAAAGCACGCCAACGGCAGAUGCUCGAACAGAAAUCCGUCUCUCCCUCUAGGAGCCAGUCUGUACCGGCAUCUGAUAUCAUGGAUGCUACUAGCGAUGCUGAAGAAAACGGACCUGUCACUGUGGAUCUGGCGAUUCAAGAAUCUGAUAUUUGGUCCUCGUUGCAGGAGAUCCGCCCUACUGCUAUGCGAGAGGUGUUCUUGGAGACACCUAAGGUGAGAUGGUCUGACAUCGGUGGGCAGCAUGAUAUCAAAAAGCGCCUGCAACAGGCCGUCGAGAGACCCCUCAAGUUCCCCGAGCGUAUGAAGCGUCUCAAUGUUAAGAGCAAAAAGGGCGUUCUCCUAUACGGUCCGCCGGGAUGUUCCAAGACCCUCACCGUCAAGGCUCUGGCCACGGAAGCAGGCUUGAAUUUCUUGGCCGUAAAGGGUGCAGAAAUCCUGAGCAUGUACGUUGGUGAGUCCGAACGAUCACUGCGAGAGAUCUUCCGCAAAGCCCGUGCGGCACGACCAAGUAUCAUCUUCUUUGAUGAAAUCGAUGCCAUCGCUGCACGACGCAGUAGCACUUCUUCAGGAGGCGUUAACGUCCUGACAACUUUACUCAACGAAAUGGACGGUAUCGAGGAGCUGCGAAACGUGUUGGUUGUCGCGGCCACCAACAAACCGGAUGUUCUUGACCCAGCACUCAUGCGUCCAGGUCGCCUGGACAACAUCCUCUACAUCGGACCUCCAGACUUUGAGGCCAGAAAGGAAAUCCUGCGCAUCUGGGCGAGCAAAUCUGUUAUUCACCCGGACGUUGAUCUUGAUGAGCUGGCCGCUCAUACCGAGGGCUACUCCGGUGCAGAGAUUGUCAGCAUUUGUGAGACCGCUGGUGAUGCUGCAUUGGACGAGGAGGAAGAGACACAACAAGAGCUGGAAGUGCAAUUGAAGCAUUUCGAGUAUGCUUUGGGCCAGGUUCAUCGGCAGAUCACGGACAGUGUGAUUCGUGAAUAUGAGCAAUGGCGAGAUGGUCAGAAAUAG